AUGUUGAUUAUUCCAUUAAUAUUGAUGGUGAUUUCGUCGCCAUCAUUCGUUUUCUGUGCUGAUGAAUUUGAAGAUUAUCGUUGUAAAUGUGUAUGCCCAUCGCUAGCUGUUCUAGCCGGUUCGCCUGUGAAUGAAACAGAUCGUCGUGUUUAUGUUGAUGUCGUGCCACCGAAUAAAUGUUUAUGUCAACUGGUUGUUUUUCGCUCCAUUGACGCCACGCAAGAUUUCAAAGAUCGAUUUUGUCCUCGCUGUGUUUGUAACUAUGAAGUCCGGAAUACAACAACGAUGAAAGUUGUAGUGAUUAUAAUCAUGGUUGCCAUUUCUCUCUUAUUCAUUUACAUGUCAUUCUUACUUUGUCUCGAUCCAAUUAUGAAUCAGAAUAGUAAGUCAACAACUACAGCAACAAGUGGCAAUCGUCAAGCACGACAAUAUGAAAGACAAGUCAAUGAAGAUAUUAAUGUGGAUAAUCCAACACAAGAGUGUGUCUUCAGUGAGCCGGCUGCUGCCAGUAACCUACAAGGUAAUCGACAACGUUCGUCAACAGUAUUGAAUUUAGUGACACAAGAACAAUCAAAAUGGAGAAAAAAUGUUCAACAACAACGUCAAUCUGUUUAUAACAAACAUGAAUUACUUAAUUGA